CUAGAACACUUCUGCACUGCUUGUGUGGCUCAUCUCAGUUGGGGUUCAGCCGGGUUGGUUUAACGGCCAAAUGGCUCUGUCCCCUCCCUUCCCUCUGCUCCUCUGUUUCCUCCUCUCUCUGUUUCUCUCCACUGCCUUGGCCUUCCCAGCCCAAGGGCUCAAACGCCACCCUCACCAUGGCCCCGCCAAACAAAACUAUAGAGAUGCCCUCGCUAAAUCCAUACUCUUCUUCGAAGGGCAGAGGUCAGGGAGGCUUCCCCCCAGCCAGAGGAUGACCUGGAGGAGGAACUCUGGCCUCUCUGAUGGCUCCACAAUGCAUGUGGACUUGGUGGGUGGGUACUAUGAUGCAGGGGACAAUGUGAAGUUUGGGUUCCCCAUGGCUUUCACCACUACCAUGCUCUCUUGGAGUGUGAUAGAGUUCGGGGGGAUGAUGAAAGGAGAGCUCCAAAACUCAAAGGAGGCCAUCCGUUGGGCCACUGACUACCUCCUCAAAGCCACUGCCCACCCCAACACCAUCUACGUUCAGGUGGGAGAUGCAAACAAGGACCAUGCUUGUUGGGAAAGGCCAGAGGACAUGGACACCCCAAGAAUAGUCUACAAGAUAGACAGCAGCAACCCUGGCUCCGAUGUCGCUGCCGAAACCGCCGCAGCGCUUGCCUCCGCCUCACUGGUCUUCAAAAAGUCUGAUCCAUCCUACUCCAAGCUUCUCCUCAACAGAGCUAUCAGAGUGUUUAAGUUUGCAGACGAGCACAGAGGCGCCUAUAGCAACGGGUUGAAGAACGCUGUCUGCCCCUUCUACUGCUCCUACUCUGGCUACCAGGAUGAGUUAUUGUGGGGAGCUGCUUGGCUUCACAAGGCCACCAGGAACCCAACCUACCUUAACUACAUUCAGGUCAACGGUCAAACUCUUGGAGCUGAUGAGUCCGACAACACCUUUGGCUGGGACAACAAGCAUGUGGGAGCCAGGAUCCUCCUCUCCAAGGCUUUCUUGGUCCAAAAUGUGAGGUCCCUUCAUGACUACAAGGGCCAUGCUGAUAACUUCAUUUGCUCCUUAAUCCCAGGGACUCCUUUCUCUCAAGCCCAGUACACUCCAGGGGGGCUGCUGUUUAAGAUGAGUGAUAGCAACAUGCAGUAUGUGACCUCCACCUCAUUCUUGCUGCUGACCUACGCCAAAUACUUGACCUACUCCUCCAAGGUGGUCUCCUGUGGUGGAGUCACCGUCAACCCUAAUAAGCUCCGCAACAUCGCCAAGCGCCAGGUGGACUACUUGCUGGGGGACAACCCGGAGAGGAUGUCGUACAUGGUGGGCUACGGAGCAAGAUACCCACAGCGGAUCCACCACCGGGCCUCAUCGCUGCCGUCCGUGGCGACCCACCCCGCCCGGAUCCCGUGCUCGGCCGGGUUCGCCGCGCUGAACUCGCCCGCCCCCAACCCUAACGUCCUGGUCGGGGCCGUCGUGGGCGGACCGGACGCACAGGACCGGUUCCCGGACCAGCGGUCCGACUACGAGCAGUCCGAACCGGCCACCUACAUCAACGCCCCCCUCGUGGGCGCCCUCGCCUACCUCGCCCACUCCUUCGGCCAGCUCUAGACCCAACCACUUAUAUAACUAAUGGAAUGUAUUAGUCCCAGUAUUAUCUAUAUAGUAUUAUAGACUUAGGUUUAGGUGCAAGUUUGAUUAAGAGGUUUAAGUAUGGAGUUAAGGACCCCAGUGCAGCUAAGGAGGGCACGGGAGGGUCUGUUAUUAAGUGUUUUGUUAUGAAGCUUUGUCUAGGAGAGCAUGAGUGAGAAGUGUGGAUGUCUGUGUAGGUUAGUUGGGGUGUGGUUUGAUGUAUGGGGUAUUAUGGGGCACAGGACUCGAGAGGGGUCACUUGGGAGUGUUUGGGGGCGUGAGCUUUGAACGGCGUUUGUACGGGAGAAGGGGAGGUGCGGCAUUGACCCUUGUAAUUUCUUGUCCACAUCAAUUUGACAAGGAGCGGAGCUUCUCUCUGUGUGCCA